AUGGCUGCUGCCACUUAUAAGCAGUUCUUGGCCUUGCCGACCACCUCUGUUCUCGACGACAAGGCGUCGCUGCACUAUGUGACCACAACUACUUCCAUUUCUGGUGCCACAGAAAUCGUCAAGCACCUGACCGCUAUCCACAAACAGCUCAAGAAGAAACAGGAGGAUAUCCUGACUGAGGUUGAGGGACAGGACAAGCUUGCGCUCGAGGUCGACACCGUGAUCGAAUUCCUCAUCAGCGGUGGGCCAUACCUGCCCGGCCUUGAUGACAACUUCCUCUCGGAUCGCACAGUUUACUUGCCUGUGACACAUUUUGUGAGCAUCAACCCGGACGGCCGCAUUAUCCAGAUUCGCCUCUCGUGGGACCAAGGCGCUCUGCUGAAGCAACUUGAGGUCAUCGGCAAGACUGGUCGCAACUGGCCCAUCACAAGCAGCAAGGAGCAGAUUUCCCUUAUACAGUCUUGCCAGAAGAUGGCUGGUGGGUUCUGUACAGCGGCCGGUGAAGGUGCCAACAAGGAGACCGCGAGCCGAACUCGCGGAGGCUCCACCAACGCUCUUCGCGACCCUUACGCAACCCUCCACAUGCAACCUACCAGGGAAGAGCUGGAGAACUCGGCCUUCGACAAGGUCGUGUCGCCGUACGGCCAGAAAAAUCGACCUCAGCAACGAUCUGCAGCUGACAUCCUGGGCGACGACCCCACUGGCGAACAUUACGAUGACCGCCACGCCAUGUCUCCAGCUAAGGCUGGUGCCAACCGCCACUUCCAGCCAAUUCGUAUAUUCGAAGGCCAGGAAGACGAAACACCGGACGAAGACACUUCCGAGACCCGACCAGCCAGCUCUUACAUCAAGCCUCACGCUACCAAGUACAACCACUUUGACUUGGCGGACGGGUCUGAUCCUGCUGAUGCGCCCAAGCCUGGGGUCUCGGAGGCAGACCGCCAGAAGACCAAGCGUGACAGCCAAUGGUCGUUUGAAGACUUUGUGACUCCGGCGAAGCCGAAGCCAUCACGUCUGCUGCGCCAUGAAGAUGUCCGUCACUGGGACACGCAGAAGGCAGACGAGGAUGACUCGACUGCCCCCGCCCAGGGGAAGGGACGUCGCGAUGCUGACAUUCAUUUUCAACUCAAAGAUGACGGCGAACGCGCCCCCCAGCAGGCAGAGCGCGGACCUAAAAGAGGCGCGGUGCAUAACGAACAGCUCGGCCUUUACAAGAACCAGCUCUUCGACCAGGCCGAGCCUGGUGAGGACCUGCGCGCGCUUGGUAACAUCACGAACAACAAGGGCCGUAGUAAUACCUUCGAACCUCACUGGGAAGCCACAGACGAGUCUCCUCUCCCCGACAGGACCAAAGCCAAGCCUAUGGGCCACCAGAAGGCUGUAAAGAUGAUGGACUCGACCUGGGACACCUAUGACAAAUCGCCCAGCCAGAAGGAAAACACUUUCCUAGACGCUGAUCAGCCCGAGAAUGACACCCGGAUCCGCAUUGCUGGUGAUGGCAUGGGUAGCAAGAAGGGGACCAACCGAGACUGGAUGUGCGGCGGCGAUGACGACGAGUCGCCCAAGCCUUUUGCGGCUCGCAAGUACAAUGCGUCGCAGCAGCGCAAUGACAUGUGGGACUUCUAG